AUGUCUUUACAGAUGUUCUCUAACAUUGCUAUUGCCAUAAUUGGCAUCCUUACAGUAAUUGCAUACCUUCUGUUGACUGUGGGCAGUCAUGAUCCACGACUUCCCCAUAGUUCACCAACUCUCCCCAUCAUUGGGAACCUCCAUCAGCUCCCCAAGCGUAGGCUCACCUCAAGUAAUACCUUAUGUCCUCAGUCCAUCUCGAACUGUCUGACAAAAGUCCAGAUAUGCCGAAUUCGCCAAAAAAUGCAUGGCGGCCUCUACACUGUCAAGGUCGGUCAUCACAUCAUUGCAGUAAUCACGAAUCGUCGCGUCGUACGCGAAUUGCUCGAGCUCAAGGGCUUGGUGUCCAGCAACCGACCCUCAUCGUACAUCUCACAGGAACUCAUUGGCCAGGGUAAUCACCUCCUUACUCUGCAAUAUGAUCCUAAAUGGCGUAAAUAUUGCCAGCUCAUCCAUCAAUGUUUCAUGGAGUCAAUGUGUGACCAACAUUAUGUUCAUCUUCAGCACGCUGAGGUUGUUCAGAUGCUCAGGAAUCUCAUUGUUGCGCCCAAUGUUUAUUUCAGCCAUGCUAGGCGGUCGCUGAUAAUCUCAGUGUACGGUGUUCGUGUCCCUUCCAUCCGUUCAACCUAUUUGGAACAUCUAUACGAACUGCUAUACGAAAUCACUGCCCUUCUCGAGUUUGGAGCCAUUCCACCUGUUUAUUUUUACCCAUUUCUGAAACGGAUCCCUGAACGUCUACUUGGAAAUGGCGAUCCCACUCAUACCACGUUAAAAAAAAACUACGGAGUCUCUCCACCAGGUACAAGCAUGUCCUUGACCGACGAGCCAAAUUCAGUGAAAAGAGCAGCGCUACCCGAUUCGUCUUUCAUGGACCGCAUUCUCAACACAGUCGACGAGCUAAACUUUUCUGAUCAUCAACUUACUUUCCUUGGCGGUGGUCUCGUGUGA